ACCCUGACUUUAAAUAUGGGUCCUCCUGUUCCCCUAGUCUGAAAAUGGCCGCCACCAGGUACCGUCGCUUUCUCAAGUUAUGUGAGGAAUGGCCGAGAGACGAAUCGAAAAAAGGUCGAGAUUUGGGGACGUUUUUACGGCAGAAAGUGGCUAGUGCGUUCAGAGAGGGCGAGAACACUCAGAUCUCUGAUCCAGAAAAAUGUGAUAAAAUGUAUGAAAGUCUGGUGCACAUCAACAGUAACGUUUCCAAAGAAAAGUUUCCACGAGCAAAAGACACAAGUUUCACUGGCGUGACCGUGGAAGAGUGUCGGAUGUUAUUAGAAACGGGGAAUAUGCAGCAGAUGGAUGAGGAAAAGAAGGGAUUGUGGAAAACUCUAAUGCAGAGAUUCUCCUCUAAGCCAGAAGAUGCAUCUGUGGAAAAGCCGGAAAAGUAGACAUUUUGCAAGCCGAGCUGCACCCUAACACACUUUCAGUUAUGAAACUUAUUACUGUCAUUGUAUUAAUAUAUUUGUAUUUUACAUUUUCAUUCUUAUCUGCUGUAUGUGCAUAUGAAUAACAAUUCAUUCAUAUUAUUUAACAACUUAUGUCCAUAACUUGUAAACAAUUAAAGAUGCAUUGUAUUCAAUAAUGUUUGUGCCAGAAUAACCUCCUGUAGCUACACUCAAUAUGCAUAGUACAAAAAUAAAUUAGGAACAUAUGUAAGAUUAUUCUUAAACUGAGGCUAAAUUGUUCUAAAUUUGAAGAAUUGCUUUCAGGCUUGAAUUUAAUGCAGCACAAGCAAACCCACUGACAGUUUGGCACAUACCAGAAAACACAGUAUGUUAAUAUGAGAUAGCGGUCAUUUCACCCUGUUU